GUUCACACAUCAAGAUGCCUUCACGACGUUAUCAAGAUGACGCUAUAAUCUUGAAUGACGAUUUUCCAGGAUAUCUAGCAAACAAUUUCAUCUUACCAGCACGCUAUGAAAAAUAUAUUGAAAGUAUCAUUGUUCCCAAUGGAAUGGUUGUUGAUCGUUUGAAUAAAAUGGCAUCCGAUAUAACGGAUCACUAUGAAUCCUCUUUUGCACGAUCAAUCCACAUGAUUUGUAUUUUGAAAGGUGGCUUCAGAUUUGCAUCCGAUCUCUUCGACAGACUACAAGCAUGUAUAUCAUCAAGAAAGAAGGAUAUUGGAGUGUAUAUUGAUUUUAUUGCAGCCAGUACCUAUGUUAAUGAUUCUGUAGGUCAUGAUACACGAAUAAAUCCCUGUAUGAAUAUGGAGAAGUUUAAAAAUAAGGUGAGUUGAUUGAUUUGUUGAUUGAACAAACUGAUUUCUUUCUAUUCGAUUAGAAUGUACUCAUUGUGGAAGAUCUUAUUGAUACUGGAACAAGUCUAACUAGAAUCGAAGAAUAUAUUCGUGGAUUUCAUCCUCUGUCAUUGUACUCUGCUUGGUAAUUCAUAACUGUAUUGUGUUUUCAUUAGACUAACUUCAUACUCUUUGCUGGAAUUUGAUAGUUGCUUUUAAGCUGGUGACAGAUGUAGUCGUCUUUCAACUGACCGGUUGGUUGGUUGCCUUUUUGAGGAUAGAUUUGCGUCAAAGGUUGUCCAAGCAGAUAGCCGAUAACAACUACUCUAAGUAAAUGUGAUCUGCAGCUGUAUAUUCGGUCAUAGCACACUGAUACACAUUUUCUGUUUGAAAACCCACCUGAAACUUGGUCCUGCUUCAAAGAUACCAUACAAAUGACACCACUAGUCAAUAUACUUGCAAGCUAUCAUCGGCAGAAACCCUUGCUCAGAGAUUCCCUCUUCAUUAACAUUUAACCAAUUGUAUGCAUGAAUUCACGUUACUCAAAUCAAUAAUCUGACCACUUAAAUCAAUCUCUUUUCACUUUUUCUUCAUUUACAAUAGUUUGUUACUGAAGAGAAGACCAGAUUGUCCUGGAUAUAUACCUGACUGUAAGUUUAUGACAUUUCCACAACCACUUCUUAUAUUAUUGAUUAGUUUCUGUUUCUCCUGACUUUCACUAUCUCAUGUCGAGACGAGUUGUAUCACACUAUGACACUUUUAGUGAAUCCAGAAUUCAAUUUAGGCCCCUAGUAGUUGAAAACAGAUGACCAGUGAAAUGUGAUGAUUGUCUAACUGUUGCCCAAAUUCUGUCGAAAGUUGAUUUGUAUUAUUCGCACCUAAAGUAAAUAGCUAUGAUCAUCGAAACCUUGACGUGGUUCAAUAGUCUUUAAUUAUUUUAUGAGAUGAUGUGUGAGUGAGAAUUGAUAAAGUGAUCCUGACAACUGAUUGUCUAUAUUCACAUUGUUUUAUUUGGUGAAUGCAUGUCAUCAGGAAGUGCAGAACAAGCAUGCGAAAGUUGCGUAUUCUGUUAUAUCUAUAAUUGGUUAAACAGCUGAAACAAGACAUCGUUUCUUUCAACCCAUUUUACAUUUAACGUGGAAACUGAACCAGUAUUCUGCACAGUGUACAGUAAAUAGUUGUAAAACCAACUUCAAAUUCAUUCAUUUGUAUUAUAAGAAAUACAAGCAACAACAACUACAUUGCCAUCUGUGAGUCGUAUUGUGUUUUAUUCUCUACAGAAUAUCACCAUGAUUAUCAUCAUCCAUGUGUUCUUAAUCACAACCUUCUGUUUACUCCUCCUACAGAUGUCGGCUUCGAGGUACCGAAUCGAUUCAUAGUCGGUUAUGGCAUCGACUACAACGACUACUUCCGUGAUAUACCAGUAAGUGGAUUCUUCAGCGUUAACAUGUCACAACUUUGAUAAAUUUCUUCUUCUGAGUCACUGGAUGAUAUGCUUCAUUGAUAAUGUGGAUAGGUAGUAAACAAACAUCGAUGUGACUUCGUAUCAUCACCUACAUAUCGAUGGAUCAAUGAUAAACGGUGUUCGUAGUAGAGACGCUAGAAAAAUUCACUGUUCAGCUACUGCAUUCAUCAUUGAGAAGGGUAAUGGGAUAGUGAUCUGCUUGACAAAUAUGUGUAGGUGGUACGAUUAUAUCGAGACACGAAACAUUCCGUCAAAAUCUCAUGAAGACCAACAUUCAGUAGAGUGGUAUACAUGCAGUCAUUCAAAGAUGCAUCGAUCAGUGUGUAAUCCCGAGUGAUGUCAUUUGAUGUGUACACCUCAUCCUUCGAAAAGAUGUGAUACAGUACACUCGUUGUCAAUCGGAGAGUAGUCAACAUCACAUGACCCAGUCAUACAUGCUACACUGGAAUGGCUGUGGUCUCUCGCCUGAUUCACUUGACAUUGUAGAGGCAAUAUAUAAACACUGUAUGCCUCAUUGACAAACUCAGUCACCACAUUAUUGGACGAUGUCGCAACGCAUCCAUGUAGAAGGAUCAGCGUCUCGAAGCUUCCACACACACCUCACAAAUAGGUAUCAAAACGCAAAAGGCAUUCACACCAUGACAUACAAACCACAAAGAUGACUCGUCAUGGUGUUGAAUCGUUCAGACUUCCAACCAAGUCAAAACAACGGUAAACAGGAUCUGUUCAGUGCUGAAGGUCAAGUCACAUGUCCUAAUUUCACUGGAACUGUUGUCUAAGUAUCGAUUUUCGAAAUCCAGGUGGUCAUCUCGCUUGACAGACACCAACGAACACAGUCGUCAGAACUGAUGGAGAUAUUUCCAACAAGUCAAUGAGGAAUUAAGCUUUUCACAAAUAAUGCAAGUUGAUAUUCGUUCUCAGUAAAGAUAUAAUACAUAAAAGUGAAUACAUUUCCUCUAUAGAUAUUUUAUGUACACGAAACCUUUUCUUGUCCAUUUUCAGCAUGUUUGUUCAGUGAAUUCACAAGGAAAACUGAGGUUCGCCCAUCCCACUUCAGCGAAAAGUCCCCAACCAAGUGAAUAAUCAUCAUUCUAUCUAAUUGUCUUUUAUGCAAAAAUGCAUACAUACUCAUACAUACACACAAACCCAGCCUUCCACAAAUCAAGCACAAACACAGGCACACGCACGCAUAAACAACAAUCGUUGACAUGUGGGCGUUGCUCAGCAGUGAUGCAGAAUAUUCCCUCUGCUAAAUUUUGUCUUAUAAAAUAAAGUUUUGUAU